CUGGAACGUUCUUAUGAGAAUGAAACGUCAAAUAUUUAUUUAUUGACAAUAUUGAUAUCCUCAAUUUAAUACCUUCCUUCGUUGUUUUUAUAAAUUAUUAAUUAUUGGGACAUGGAUAAACGUUGUAUUUAAAAUUUAUGACCAAUAAAACUAUGUCAGGUGAUAGAAGUCCUACCAGUACUAUCAAUUUAGCUGAUCCUGAGGAAGCCGUGCUAAUGGAUCCUAUAGACCACGAACGCUGCCGAUACCCUUACUGUAUAGUUUGGACCCCAAUACCAGUGCUCACUUGGAUCUUUCCGUUCCUUGGACACAUGGGUAUUUGUACUUCAUCAGGAGUUAUCCGAGACUUUGCUGGCCCAUACUUUGUAUCUGAAGAUUUGAUGGCAUUUGGAAAUCCAACAAAAUACUGGCAAUUAUCACCACAAAAGGCAAACAAUGGUCAGGCUGGUUGGGACGCUGCUGUAGCUGAAGCUUCUGAAAUUUAUAAAAAAAGAAUGCACAUACUGUUCUAUGACAACUGUCAUUCCCAUGUGGCUACUGCUUUGAAUAUCAUGAGUUAUGGAGGCUGCAAGAAUUGGAACAUGGUGAAGCUAGCAUUUUACAUGAUACCCUACUCUAGUUACGUCAGUAUUGGAGGGUUUCUCAAAACAUGGAUUCCAUUUUUAAUAAUAGUAGCAUUUAUAGUUGGUUUAGCAGCAAUUAUUUAGAUGCUGUGGCAAAUCUAAUGCUGUCCCAGUGCUAUGCUUUCUGGUUGAAGAUGUGAGCUCUUGUAUGAAGACUUUGUAUGUGUGGUGGAUUGGAUAUCAUUGGUGCUGGCUGUGUGAUGGAGACUGGCAGUGAGCUGGAGCUGGACAGGUGUUCCACACAAACAUAAGAUAGUUUAUUAUUAUUUAAAGUGUUAUGUGGUAUUGUGUAUUGAUAAGUUACACACAACUGUUGUGGUAUACACUGGUUAAUAACUGUGACAUUCUUUCAAAAAUGUUAUUAUGUUUCUGAAGCACCUGCAGUACACUUGACUAUUGUAUUAUAUUUCUAUUAUACUUUUUUAGUCACUAAGACUUAUGUCUUUAUUAUAUCAUCAUCAUAUUUUAUAAUAAAGAUAUCACAUUUAUUUGUGUUCUUGGCCUCUUCAUUUUUAGUUAUCUCUAGAAACUCAUAGUCAAGAAGGAAUUGUUUUAUUUAGACACACAAUAAAAUAAUUUUAUUUUUAUUUUGUACUUUUAUUUACAAUUUUAUUAUUAAAAAUAAAAAUAAGACUACAUUUUUUACUUACUAAACAAAAGUUAUAAUUAAUAUGCAAAUAUAUAAAUUGCAUAAUAUUUUUAGCUUUACAAUGCAUUGCAUCUUGAUAAUAUAGAACUUUUCUGUUUACAACCUAGACCUAAUGUAAUAUUAAUCAUUUGAGGCUAGAAAAGUAUUUGCUCAUGUCAUAAAGAAAUUAAAAACCAGUUGUUAACCAUGAGCAGUAAAAAAUGAGAACUGUAAUUUAAAUCUUAAUCUAUGUAUCACAUGUCUGAUUUAAAUUUAUAAUUUGAAACAAAAUAAUUCCACUAUAUAAGUAGAUAGCAAAGUAUAUCAGUGACCUGUUCACUUUCAAAGAUUUAACAUUCUUUCAAAACACUGCGUUCGACACUAAAAUCAUAAUCAUAACCACUCAUAUUAACUUUGCUAGUCAGGAAUGCAAGAAGAUCUGUAAUUUCCGUAGCAAAUGUAUCCUUUUUCGAUGCCAUUUGUAGAGUUUUGGACAUGGCGAACGGUACUCCUUGCAAGUAAUGAAAUGUUGGGUCGACCAAAACUGUUCUUGCUGUGGGAGCUGGCGGCGCAGGUCGCGGCACGUACGUGGAUGAUCCUCCACCAGCAACAUUAGGAUACAAGUUGCUCCUAGGCGAACUAGGGUCAACUACAACAAAUCCAUCAUCGGCACGCGCACCAGGAAUCGGAGGAGUCUCUUCUUCUACUUCGACCUCCACAGGAGAUCUGCGCUUGCCAAAUAUUGAUGAGAACAUUUUUCUGAACUAAUGUAGUAACGGUUCACAGAUAGAUAUUUUAUUACUUUAAAUUUUGUAUA